AUGGCUGAACGAAAGGUCUUAUCCAAGUAUUUCCCCCCUGACUUUGACCCAAAUUCGGUUCCAAAGUCUGCCAAGCGCGCUCGCAAGAAUGAAAAGGCUCCUCGACUCGCCGAUAGUCGUUUGAUGACUCCAUUCUCGAUGAAAUGCACUCACUGUGGCGAGUUCAUCCCGAAGGGUCGCAAGUUCAACGCGCGCAAGGAGACCCUGGAUGACAGCUACCUUUCUAUCCCGAUUUUCCGCUUCUACAUUCGAUGCUCCCGGUGCAGCGGUGAAAUCACGUUCCGAACUGAUCCCAAGAACAACGAUUACGAAUGCGAGCGUGGUGCUAAGCGCAACUUCGAACCUUGGCGCAACAAGAACGAUGAGCAGUACAAAGCCGAGACCGAAGCUCAGACCCUCGACCGACUUGAGAAGAAAUACGGCGAGCAGGAAGAGCAAAUGGAGCGUGACAAGAUGGCCGAGCUUGAAGAGAAGAUGCUGGACUCCAAGCACGAGAUGAAGGUCGCGGACGCAUUGGACGAAAUCCGAACUCGCAAUGCCCGCAUCGAACGCAAGGAAGCCCGUGCUGAUGGAAGUGCUCUUGCUACUGUUCAACAAGACCUCGAUCAGGAGGCCCUCCGCGCCGCGCGAGAGGAGGAGGAGCAGCGAAAGGCUGAUCGCGCGCUGUUCUGGGAGGCGAAGGCUCGCCACCGUCGGGCUGAGAUUGAGGCAGAGAUGGCCAAGCCGCGCCCCCCUCCCGCCUUUAACCCUGAUGACUGGAAGCCCAAGAAGCGCGUUCCUCGCCCUAAGAAAACCUUCACCUUCGGCGGCUACCAGCUCAUCCCCAAGCGCAAGGCGAGCCAGGAGCUUGAGGCCGAGCCCAAGGCGGAGCCCAAGGCGGAGCCUGAGGCCGAGGCCAACGCGGAGCAAACCAAGGAGCAGUAA